AUGUUGAUUCUUUUGUUAAAAUAUAAAGAACAUUGGAGAGCUUGGUCUUUCGAAUUGGCAUUGUCAGCAGUGUAUGUCACCGUUUUUCCAAAUCUGCAGAUUGCUUUUUGUAUAGAAGCACUUUUUCAUGAUCCUAAAGAGCAUUUGAACAACAACUUGUCUUCCAUUACAUAUUCAAAGAAAUUUGCCAUAAAUGGAGCUGACGACAAGGUGUUCUUAGAUCGAAAGUUCUCGAAACAAAAUUCGUUUGGCAAUGGGAUUGGGCAAUGUGUGUCGCCACGUGUUCUUCAUCGGAGUUUUUCUAGCAAAAGAGGGAAGGAUUGGGGCUCUGGUUCAAAGGGUUGUCAUGUUUAUGGAGAAUGUGCUUUCGAACAGAAGAGAAGUAGAACUAGUGGUGCCUUGCAAGAGAAGGAAAUGGUAGGGGAUAAAAUGGGCAGCGAUGUGCUAGAAUCAAGCAAAGAUGGGUUUGGUGGCACUAAUGAGUGGAACUAAGAGUAUGUUAAUGUGUCUGAAGUGGUUAAUUCUCCUUCAGGAAACUACACUGAAUUUCCUUUCAACUUUCUUGCUUUCUUUGCAGUACUAUUGAUGAAAUUCAUGUGUUUUCAGUUCAAUCUUUUGGUUAGUUUUUUCACAUUUCCAACUUGGUUAUCGUACUUUUCAUUCAUGUUCUUGAUGUUUCCAUUCUAAACACUAAGACACAUCAGAGUAUAUUUUAUGAAGAAGCUAUUGAGAUGGUGGGGUAUUUCUCGUCGACAGAAAGCACAGCAAUCGAUGCGAAAUAUAGCAACUAGGUUUGGCUGUGAAUUCUUCUGGUCAAGCUAUUCCUUUAUUAUGCUUUUAGGAUUGCUAUCAUCAGGAUUUGUAUUUGGGGGUAUAGUAGUGAUGAGAAACCUGGAUGAGAAGACUGUUCGGACAACAGAAACCCUGAAUUUCGAUUUCACUAAGACCACUCCAGUUGCUUUAUUGCCCCUAA